UUACACAAUGUCUUCAUCCUAUAUUUUGACCCCUUUAACAACGUUAUUAUGAAGCUAUAUUUUGACCGCUUUAACAACAUUAUUAUGAAGCUCAGGUAUGAAUUCAAGAACAAUCACAGUGAAUGGGUCCUCUCAGUCAAGCCUGAUUUAGGUCCCGAAAUAGCAGAGCGAGUGUGGAAAGCUCUCCAUACAACUGAUGAAAAAAUAGAUAUAUGCUAUUCAUUGAAGAUUGAAUUGCGCGCUGCUCUCAACGCUUUAUUGGGAGAUUCUAGCAUCUUAGCCAUGCCUACAGUUCCCGACCCUCCACCAAAGUUACAAGUAGAGCCAACCACCCGGGAUACUCUUAACGCCAGGGCUUUUAGUUUGUUAUCUGUUGCCGGAGUAUCCGGGUUUUGCCAGGUAAGCAUACCACUAGGCACACAUGAUGGUCUCCCUAUAGCAGUUUCGUUGCUCGCGAAUCAUGGCUUAGAUGGAUUCUUGCUUAAUUUUGUGGAGAGCAUUGACACCACUCUCAAAAGGCAGUAAAAUGGUAUCUGAGAAUUUUACUUGCUGAAUUUGUUUACAUAACUGUAAUUUUUACUUUAUACGCUGCUUAUAUACAUCUAGUUAAAGGGUUCACGAUAAUUAAGAAUCAAGAGAAUAAAAAUGGCUCACUAUGUUCAAAUCUUUUUCUUGAAUCACUUCUGUGUGUACGCUAAAAGUCGAUGAAUGUAAAAUUUGCUUUGAAAAUUUGA